AUGUCUGCUCCUUCCGUCGACGCUCAGGUCCUGGCCGACAAGGCCCAGCUCAAGAUCCAGAAGCGCAAGCGCUUCGAGGCCGUCUUCCCGCUCCUCGUCGAGGAGCUCACCGCCUACCUCGCCUCGGAAAACAUGCCCGCAGAGGCCAUCGAGUGGUUCCGUCGCAACCUCGACUACAACACCCCCGGCGGCAAGCUCAACCGCGGCCUGUCGGUCGUAGACACCGUCGAGAUCCUCCUCUGCACCGAUGCGGCUACGGGCAGGCUCUCACGCGAGCUCACCGAGCCCGAGUACCUCAAGGCCGCCAUCCUCGGCUGGUGCAUCGAGCUCCUCCAGGCCUACUUCCUCGUCGCAGACGACAUGAUGGAUGCCAGCGUCACCCGUCGAGGCCACCCAUGCUGGUACCGCGUCGAGGGCGUCGGCAACAUCGCCAUCAACGACGCCUUUAUGCUCGAGGCCGCCAUCUACUUUUUGCUCAAGAAGCACUUCCGCUCCGAGCCCUACUACGGCAUGCUCCUCGAACUCUUCCACGACGUCACCUUCCAGACCGAACUCGGCCAGCUCAUCGACCUCAUCACCGCGCCCGAAGACGUCGUCGACCUCUCCAAGUUCUCGCUCACCAAGCACCACCUCAUCGUCGUCUACAAGACCGCCUUCUACUCCUUCUACCUCCCCGUCGCCCUCGCCAUGCGCAUGGCAGGCGUCACCGACGAGUCGCUCUACAAGCAGGCGCUCGACAUCCUCCUCCCCAUGGGCGAGUACUUCCAGGUCCAGGACGACUUCCUCGACUGCUACGGCACCCCGGAACAGAUCGGCAAGAUCGGCACCGACAUCUUUGACAACAAGUGCUCCUGGAACAUCAACGUCGCCCUCCAAAACGCAACGCCCGAACAGCGCCAGAUCCUCGACGACAACUACGGCAAGAAGGAUUCCGAGAGCGAAAAGCGCGUCAAGGACAUCUACAACCAGCCCAACAUCGACCUCCCCGCACGCUUCCACAAGUACGAGGCCGAGUCGUACCAGCAGAUCAACCACCUCAUCAACAGCCUCCCCGAGUCGCAGGGCCUCCGUCGCGACGUCUUCCGCUCCUUCCUCGAAAAGGUGUACAAGCGAUCCAAGUGA